AGUGGGUAACAAACAUGGCCGCGCCCUGGCAAAAUGUGAGCCGAAGUUUCACUUUCGUCAGGUUUAAUGGACAUUUUUGCUAACAUUAGGCACUUUUGCCGGCCUUUCGAUAGCCUAACGGUUGUACCAUGAGCCGUAGCGGGCUGAGACGGCAGCCGUUGCACGCGGCAGCGGCGACGAGGCGAGAAGCGCCGCCCGAAGUGCGGCUCGCCCCGGCCGAAGCCUCCCCCUCCCCCGGUCGGCGCAGAGGCAACAUGGACGGCGGAAAAAUCCGGGGGAAGCCCGUCGGUUUCUCCGAAGACUCCGAGGAUCUUGACUCCUCGCAAGAUUCCCAGUUAAGUGACUUCAGCGGGGAGGAGUCGACGGGACCGUCUCCUGUGGCUUCACGCACCCGGAGCAAAGACUCGGUCGAGCGGGACUUGUUACGAAAGCGGACCGCCAAAUUUAAAGCCGCCGCCAAAGCGCGGGCACAAAAUAAGGAGAACGUCGAAACCGUCACGCAAACUAAAUCUUCGGCGGCACGAACUUGUACAAUUCGUUAUGAUAGGGCAAAAGUUGACGGUGCAACAACGUCGCCAAAACAAACGACAAACGUAGCUGACUUGUGCAUGUAUAUCGCGAUCACGGGGUUUGUUAUAGUCGUUCUCACAGCAAUAGCUUUGCCGAUGUUUCGCAAGGAUCAGCACCAGUUGCAGGGUUCGCCGGCCAUCGACUCACCCGAGAUGUACAAGGAGCACGUUGUCGGGGCAAUGGGUCGCGCCCUUCUGUACCCGCCUGCCAUAAUUACCCAGCCUGCCGUGCUGCUGGUGGCGGCCGCGCCGGGAACUCAUGACACUGCGAGGUGUGUCGCCAGGCACGUCGCUCAGGGAUUUGACAAGAGACCUACAAUUGUGCACGGUGAGAAGCUGAGAGGUCUGGAUGCAGAUGAAGCUAAGAAGCAUCUAGACGAGGUUCUCCAUGCAGGGUUCAGUCAGGGAGGCAAGGCUGCUGUGGUCUACAGUCUACAGGAUAUCCCUCUACAGGCCAACCUAAUCUUCCACUCCUACUGUGACAACACCAACGCCCCCUACAAGGAAACAGCCAUCAUCCUGGUACUGCAGCUUGAAGAGCCCAUCAGCAUGGACCGGUCCAACUCAGAGAUAGAGGGGGAGGUUUUGGACAGGUUACAGAGCCACUUGGGGAGGGGCGGGGUUCUAGACAUAGACAAAGUCGGAGCCUUGAUGAGCAGAAUGGCAGGGUUUGUGCUUGUGGUGGACAAAAACGACGAUUUACCAACAAGCUGCUCUUAGCAGAAAUAAGACUGGCUGUGAAAUUUAAGAAGGAAGUAUAGCUGUGAUAUUUGAUUGUUAUCAGAUAGCAUUAGUCUGUGCCAUGCUGCUGGUAAUCGUCAGAAGUUUAAUCUCAAACUUGCUGGAGAGUCAAGCAUAUUUCUCGCCUUAGAAUCUACCACCACUUUGUACUGUGACCUGAGAACAUUGACAGGUCAUGAAAUUUAAUCUGUGCUGGUAUAAGUUGCUAUGAAGUAAAGACUAAAUUUUUCUCUAACACUGGAAUGAAUUGGGACUACCCAAGGUUUAGUCUUUGCUUUAUAAGGCUACUACAGAAUCGUGCAAUGAUG